AUGAAUUACCCUCCACGACCGCCUCCUGGCUACCCUAUGGGCAUGAAUCCUCCCCCUCCUCCAGGAAUGCCUGCUCCUUCCAAUGCGUCUUCGUCAAAGCUACCCAAAGAAGUAUUGGCGCAAAAGUCUCAAAAAUGGAUUCAGAUGCAGAAGAAGAGAUACGGCGAAAAAAGGAAAGGAGGUUACGUUGACAUGGGCAAACAGGACUUGCCCCCUGAGCACGUUCGCAAAAUCAUCAAGGAUCAUGGGGACAUGAGCAACCGCAAGUUUAGAAACGACAAGCGCGUUCAUUUGGGUGCUCUCAAGUAUGUCCCCCAUGCUGUAAUGAAAUUGCUCGAAAACAUUCCUUAUCCUUGGGAGCAAGUACGCGAAGUUCCCGUGCUUUACCACAUCACUGGAGCUAUCACUUUUGUGAACGAAAUCCCUCGUGUUGUUGAGCCUAUAUACCAUGCUCAAUGGAGCAGUAUGUGGUUGGCCAUGCGGAGAGAGAAACGUGAUCGUCGACAUUUCAAACGUAUGCGAUUCCCUCCGUUUGACGACGAAGAACCUCCUCUGGAUUAUGGCGACAACGUCUUGGAUGUCGAGCCCUUGGAGGCGAUUCAGUUGGACUUAGAUGAAGAGGAAGACUCUGCUGUUAUCGACUGGUUCUACGACCCAAAGCCGCUAGUAGAUACUCCCAUGGUCAAUGGCUCAUCGUACCGAUACUGGUCGCUUACGCUGCCGAUUAUGGCCAACUUAUACCGACUAGGUCGUACCCUCCUUUCCGACCAACCCGACCGGAAUGCUAGCUAUCUCUUCGAUAAAAAUGCGUUCUUCACCGCUAAGGCCUUGAAUAUGGCUAUUCCUGGUGGGCCUAAGUUCGAGCCCCUCUACCGAGACAUGGAUGCCUUUGACGAGGAUUGGAACGAGUUUAACGACAUUAAUAAAGUCAUCAUUCGCCAACAACUGAGGACCGAAUACAAAGUUGCCUUCCCCCAUCUAUAUAACUCCCUCCCCCGUUCUGUCAGCAUCUCGCCAUACCAUAGCCCUAAGAACGUUUACAUUCGCACCGACGACCCAGACUUGCCGGCAUUCUACUUCGACCCCCUGAUUAACCCUAUUUCGUUGAGGGGCUUUAUUCCCAAGAACGCAUCGCUUGUGCCUCAUGAGGACGCUAUUUUCGGUCCUAACGGAGCGGACGAUGAUGACUUUGAGCUACCAGAGGAAGUCGACCCCUUCUUGUCCCACAAAGACCUCGAGAAUGAUCUCACUGCGGACGGUAUUGCGCUAUGGUGGGCUCCCGAACCGUAUUGCAGACGUUCUGGGCGAAUGCGGCGUGCCCAGGACAUCCCAUUGGUGAAGAACUGGUACUUGGAACACUGUCCACCGAACCAACCUGUCAAGGUUCGAGUCUCAUAUCAGAAGUUGUUGAAGUGCUUCGUUUUGAACGAAUUGCAUACUCGACCAGAGAAGGCCAUGACGAAGAAGAACCUCUUCAGACAGCUUAAAGCUACGAAAUUCUUCCAAACAACCAAGUUGGAUUGGGUCGAAGCUGGUCUGCAAGUUUGCCGACAGGGUUACAACAUGCUGAACCUCUUGAUACAUCGGAAGAAUUUGAAUUACCUGCAUCUUGACUACAACAUGAAUCUCAAGCCCGUAAAAACCCUCACCACAAAGGAGCGUAAGAAGUCCCGCUUCGGAAAUGCGUUCCAUUUGUGCCGCGAAAUUCUCCGUCUUACCAAGCUGGUCGUCGAUGCUCACGUUCAAUUCCGCCUUGGAAACGUCGACGCGUUUCAGUUGGCUGACGCCCUGCAAUACAUCUUCGCUCACAUUGGUGCGUUGACGGGUAUGUACCGUUACAAGUACAAGCUCAUGAGGCAAGUCCGGAUGACCAAGGAUCUCAAGCACCUUAUCUACUAUCGGUUCAAUACUGGACCAGUCGGCAAAGGUCCUGGUUGUGGAUUCUGGGCCCCUGGGUGGCGUGUUUGGUUAUUCUUCAUGCGUGGAAUCGUGCCGCUCUUGGAACGAUGGCUCGGCAAUCUUCUCGCUCGCCAGUUCGAGGGGAGGAACAGCAAAGGUAUCGCGAAGACCGUGACCAAGCAACGUGUGGAAUCCCACUACGAUCUGGAGUUGCGGGCGGCUGUCAUGCACGACAUCCUCGAUAUGAUGCCCGAGUCUAUCAAACAGAACAAGUCGAAGACCAUUUUGCAGCAUCUAUCGGAGGCCUGGAGGUGUUGGAAAGCUAACAUUCCUUGGAAGGUCCCAGGCAUGCCGACUGCUAUCGAAAACAUCAUUCUCCGGUAUAUCAAGAGUAAGGCUGAUUGGUGGUGCUCGGUUGCUCAUUAUAAUCGAGAGCGUAUUCGCCGAGGAGCCACUGUCGACAAGGCUGUCGUCAAGAAGAAUCUAGGCAGAUUGACUCGUCUCUACCUGAAGGCAGAACAAGAGCGGCAGCAUGCUUAUCUCAAGGAUGGUCCUUAUGUUAGCGCUGAGGAAGCUGUCGCUAUCUAUACUGCGACUGUCCAUUGGCUUGAAAGUCGGAAGUUCUCCCCGAUUCCUUUCCCGCCCUUGUCUUACAAGCACGAUACGAAACUUCUGGUAUUGGCGCUCGAGAAGCUCAAAGAAGCCUACUCCGUCAAAGGUCGUUUGAACCAGUCGCAGCGAGAAGAAUUAGCUUUGAUUGAGCAGGCCUACGAUAAUCCUCACGAAUGUCUGUCACGAAUCAAGCGACUGUUGCUCACUCAGCGAGCCUUCAAAGAAUCUGGCAUCGAAUUCUUCGAUACUUACGAUAAACUCAUUCCUUGCUACGACAUUGAGCCUGUCGAGAAGAUUACGGACGCAUAUCUUGAUCAAUUCCUGUUCUUCGAAGCUGACAAGAGAGGCCUCUUCCCUGCUUGGAUCAAACCAGCGGACACUGAGCCACCUCCUCUCCUCGUUUAUAAGUGGUGUCAAGGAAUCAACAACUUGACGGACAUCUGGGAGACCAGUGAAGGCGAAUGUGUCGUAUUAAUGGAGACAGUACUGUCUAAGGUAUACGAGAAGAUCGACUUGACACUUCUGAAUCGCUUGCUCCGUCUCAUCCUCGAUCACAAUUUGGCCGAUUAUAUCACUGCCAAAAAUAACACUGUUCUGACGUACAAGGAUAUGGCACAUACCAACGCGUACGGUAUGAUUCGAGGUCUCCAGUUUUCUGCCUUCGUAUUCCAGUACUAUGGCUUGGUACUCGACCUCCUUAUCCUCGGUCUGCAGCGAGCAAGCGAAAUGGCUGGUCCACCCCAAAUGCCCAAUAAUUUCCUCCAGUACCGCGACUCAUCGACGGAGACCAGGCAUCCUGUUCGGCUGUACUCUCGCUACGUGGACAGGCUGCACAUCCUCUUCCGAUUUACUGCCGACGAAGCCCGUGACUUGAUCCAGCGAUACCUUUCUGCUAAUCCCGAUCCUACUAACAACAAUGUUAUUGGGUACAACAAUAAGCGCUGCUGGCCUAGGGAUUGUCGCAUGCGCCUUAUCAAACAUGAUGUCAACCUUGGGCGAGCCGUCUUCUGGAACGUUAAGCAAAGCUUGCCUCGCUCUUUAACCACCAUCGAAUGGGAAGACUCGUUUGUCAGCGUUUAUUCCCAGAACAACCCCCAACUCCUUUUCUCUAUGUGUGGCUUCGAAGUUCGCAUUCUUCCGAAAAUCAGGACUAUGAGCGGCGAGCAGUUCUCUCUCAAGGAUGCUGUUUGGAAUCUCACCAAUGAGCAAACCAAGGAGCGAACAGCACAAGCCUUCUUACGUGUUUCGGAUGACGGUGUCCAGCAGUUCAAUAACCGUAUCAGACAGGUUCUGAUGAGUUCCGGGUCUACGACAUUUUCCAAGAUCGUCAACAAAUGGAAUACAGCCCUCAUCGGCCUCAUGACGUACUAUCGCGAAGCUGUCAUCCACACCAAUGAGCUGCUUGACGCUCUCGUCAAAGCCGAGAACAAGAUCCAAACUCGUGUUAAAAUUGGAUUGAACAGUAAGAUGCCGUCUCGUUUCCCUCCUGUCGUGUUCUAUACACCAAAGGAAUUGGGUGGCCUGGGUAUGUUGUCUAUGGGUCACGUCCUCAUCCCUCAAAGCGAUCUUCGCUGGUCCAAACAAACAGAUGUUGCAGUUACUCAUUUCCGUGCUGGCAUGACGCAUGAGGAGGACCAACUCAUCCCGAACUUGUACCGAUAUUUGCAACCAUGGGAAGCAGAAUUCCUUGACUCCGCCCGUGUCUGGUCCGAGUAUUCAAUGAAGCGCAAAGAAGCCAAUGCUCAGAACCGUCGCCUAACCCUUGAGGACUUGGAAGAUAGUUGGGACCGUGGUAUUCCUCGCAUUAACACCUUAUUCCAGAAAGAUCGGCAUACGUUGGCCUACGAUCGUGGCUGGCGUGUCCGGACUGAUUGGAAGCAAUACCAGUUGCUCAAACAUAAUCCUUUCUGGUGGACUUCGCAGCGUCACGACGGUAAACUGUGGCAACUGAACAACUACCGGGUUGAUGUCAUCGCCGCUUUGGGUGGUGUUGAAGGCAUAUUGGAACAUACACUCUUCAAGGGAACAUAUUUCCCCACUUGGGAGGGUUUGUUCUGGGAGAAGGCGUCUGGCUUCGAAGAAUCGAUGCGAUACAAGAAACUCACCAACGCACAGCGUUCAGGUUUGAACCAAAUUCCUAACCGUCGGUUCACUCUUUGGUGGAGUCCUACGAUCAAUCGCGCCAAUGUCUACGUCGGUUUCCAAGUUCAGCUUGAUUUAACUGGCAUUUUCAUGCACGGCAAAAUCCCCACCUUGAAGAUCAGCUUAAUUCAAAUCUUCCGUGCCCAUUUGUGGCAAAAGAUUCACGAGAGCGUUGUUAUGGAUCUUGUGAGUAUCCUCAAUUUUCCGCUCGAACCCCUCCAAAUCGAGACGGUGCAGAAAGAGACGAUUCAUCCUCGAAAGAGUUAUAAGAUGAACUCCUCCUGUGCUGAUAUUCUUCUCUUCUCUGCCUACAAGUGGAACAUCACACGUCCAUCACUGGUCACCGACGUAAAAGAUGUUUUGGAUGGGACUACCAGUAACAAGUACUGGAUCGAUGUUCAGCUUCGAUGGGGUGAUUUCGAUAGCCAUGAUAUUGAACGCUAUACUCGUGCCAAGUUCCUGGACUAUGUCUCUGAUUCCAUGAGCAUUUACCCGUCUCCGACUGGUGUGAUGAUUGGAAUGGAUCUGGCUUAUAACCUUUGGUCGGCAUACGGCAACUGGUUCCCUGGCAUGAAACCGUUAAUACAACAAGCAAUGGCUAAAAUUAUGAAAGCCAAUCCUGCUUGUCAUGUCUUGCGUGAGCGUAUACGGAAAGGUCUUCAGCUCUAUUCCUCCGAGCCUACAGAACCGUAUUUGAACAGCCAGAACUAUUCGGAGCUUUUCUCUAACCAAAUCAUCUGGUUCGUUGACGAUACCAACGUCUACCGUGUGACAAUUCACAAGACCUUCGAGGGUAACUUGACGACGAAACCAAUCAACGGUGCGAUCUUCAUCUUCAACCCCCGUUCCGGACAGCUCUUCUUGAAAAUUAUACACACGAGUGUAUGGGCUGGGCAAAAGCGACUUGGUCAGCUUGCAAAGUGGAAAACGGCUGAAGAAGUCGCAGCACUGGUCCGCUCCUUACCUGUUGAAGAACAACCCAAGCAGGUUAUUGUCACUCGCAAGGGCAUGUUAGAUCCUUUGGAGGUUCAUUUGCUCGACUUCCCCAACAUCGUCAUCAAAGGGAGUGAACUCCAACUUCCCUUCCAAGCGUGCAUGAAGAUGGAGAAGUUCGGUGACUUGAUUUUGCGUGCAACUCAGCCUCAGAUGGUCCUGUUCAGCUUAUACGACGAUUGGCUCAAAUCUAUUUCAAGUUACACGGCUUUCUCACGAUUGAUCCUUCUUCUUCGUGGUUUGCAUGUGAACAACGAAAAAGCCAAAAUGAUCCUGCAUCCUGACAAGAAUACGAUUACCGAGCCCCAUUUCGUAUGGCCAACGCUAUCUGACGAAGAGUGGAUCAAGGUCGAAAUCGCCAUGAAGGAUUUGAUUCUCACCGAUUUCGGCAAGCGCAACAGUGUGAAUAUAGCUUCUCUAACCGCGAGCGAAAUUCGUGACAUCAUCCUUGGUCAAGAAAUUGCUGCUCCUUCAGUCCAAAGGCAGCAGAUGGCCGAGUUAGAAAAGAGUUCUGAAGCCCAGUCUCAAGUCACCGCAGUUCAGACCCAAACCACCAAUGUACACGGAGAUACUAUCCAAACGGUCACGACAACGAAUUACGAGCAACAGGUGUUCAGCAGCAAAUCUGACUGGCGGGUUCGAGCAAUUUCGGCUACACAUCUCUCGCUUAGGUUGCAGCACAUCUACGUCUCGAAUGACGAUGUCAAAGAUGAUGCAGCUUCUUAUACCUACGUGCUGCCAAAGAACAUUCUACGCGCAUUCAUCGCUGCAUCUGACCUUCGGACACAAGUCGCAGCUUUCUUGUACGGCGUCUCCCCUCCCGACAACAAGCAAGUGAAGGAGAUCAAGGCUAUCGCCUGGGUUCCUCAGCGUGGUAGUAAUUCCAAUGUUGAACUACCCACACAGCUUCCCAAAGACGACUUCCUUCUGAAGGACCUGGAGCCGCUAGGUUGGAUAAAGACACAGGCACUCGAAAUCAAUCAUCUCUCUCCCGUCGAUGUAUCGACGCAGGCAAGAAUAAUGGCGGAUCACCCUGAGUGGGGCUCGUCAACUAUGUGCAUCACUGCAUCGUUCACUCCUGGCUCGGUGUCUCUCUCUGCCCACUCACUCACUGUCGCCGGGUUUGAAUGGGGCAGAAAGAACACCGACACAUCGCCCAAUCCCCCCGGCUUCAAUCCCAAUAUGUCAGAGCGCGUUCAACUCCUUCUCUCCGACCGCAUACUCGGUAUGACAUUAGUACCCGAGGGUAGGGUAUGGAAUUAUGGCAUCGGUCUGACACAAUUGUGGGCACCGAAUCUCAGCUAUUCUAUGGUACUGGAUACACCACUUUUGUUCUGGGCUGAGGAGCAUCGCCCCGCAGCGUUCCUCACGUUUGCCAACCUUGAGCAAGGUGAGGACAGCGCGGACGUCGAGAACAGUUUUGCUUGA